AUGGAAGGGGCCAAGCCCGCAUCCUCAGAAGAAGACCUGGAGCUCUCGGUGCUCCAGGAGCAGCGGGACGAGCAGACGCCUCUCAAUGGAGCCCUCCAGGUCCUGGCUGCUUCGGCCGACGACACCAGCCCAGACCAGGCCAAGAAGGAAAGUCCCUGGAGCUCCUGCAAUAAGAAGUUGGUCGGCAAGUGUAAACUGUGGAUGGUCAUCACCUCCAUCUUCCUGGGUCUCAUUAUAGUGAUCAUCAUUGGUUUAUGUCUUAGUGGAGUAACUUAUAUUGAUGAAGAUGAAAAUGAAAUAUUUGAGAUAUCAUCAAACAAAACAUUCUUCAUCAUGCUCAAGAUUCCAGAAGAGUGCAUUGCAGAAGAGGAAUUGCCUCACCUGCUCACUAAAAGGCUUGAAGAUGUGUACAGUAAAUCUCCAUCUCUGAGUCGUUAUUUCACAUCAGUUGAAAUAGUGGACUUCAGUGGUGAAAACGCCACAGCAACCUAUCACCUGCAGUUUGGGGUUCCGUGGGAAGAUGACGGCUUUAUGAAGUACAUGAUGAGUGAGGAGCUUGUACUGGGAGUUUUGCUACAGGAUUUCUAUGAUCAGAGUGUACCUCAUUGUGAGAGUCUGGGGCUUGAUCCAGCAUCUCUCUUGCUCUAUGAGUGA